UCUUCUUUCUUCAUUUUCAUUUUCUUCUUGUUAAUUCUGAUCAAGAAGUUGUGAAUUUGGAGAAGAAGAAUUAAUAUGGGGAAUGACUUGUUGCCUUUCUUGACUAUGGUGAUUGUACAAUUAGGGUAUGCAGGGAUGAAUAUUAUUUCAAAGCUUGCAAUGGAUUCAGGCAUGAACCCUUUUGUUCAUGUAGCUUACAGACAAAUAUUUGCUACCAUUGCAAUUGCACCAUUUGCAUAUUUCUUGGAAAGAAAAACAAGGCCAAAGUUAACUCCAUCCAUCCUUUUCCAGAUUUUCUUGUGCUCUAUUUUUGGAGUUAGUAUGAACCAAAUAACAUACUUUGUUGGCCUCAAGAAUACAACUCCAACUAUUUCAUGUGCUUUGUCAAAUCUAACCCCAGCUGUCACUUUUCUUCUAGCUAUCCCUUUUGGGCUAGAAAGAGUGGGACUUGGGAGUAAAGCAGGGCAAGCAAAGAUGUUAGGAACAAUAUUAUGUGUAGGAGGUGCUAUGUUAUUGUCAUUUUACCAUGGAUCUAUUGUUCCAAUUGAUCAACCAAACAUCCAUUGGAAAUAUGCACAAGAUAUGACACAAAAUAAAAGCACCACAAGCCAUGGAAAUUUCAUAUUAGGCCCUUUUCUACUCAUUAUUAGUGCUGUUUCUUGGGGAAUUUGGUCCAUCCUUCAGGCAAAACUAAGCAUGGUGUAUGCAGCUCCUUAUUCUAGCUCAGCUUUGAUGUGUCUAAUGGCUAGUUUUCAAUGUGUGAUUGUUGGAAUUUGCUUUGAUCAUAAUAUAUCUGAUUGGUCUUUGAGCCAUAGCAUCAGAGCUGUCUCUUCUAUUUACUCGGGAGUGGUGUGCACUGCAUUAGCUUACUGCUUAAUGUCAUGGUGCAUAGAAAGAAAAGGUCCAUUGUAUGUUUCAGUAUUCAAUCCAUUAUUGCUAGUAAUUGUAGCUAUUCUCAGCUGGGGUUUGCUUCAAGAGAAAAUCUACAUCGGAACGGUUGUAGGGUCAAUUCUGAUAGUAUUGGGACUUUAUGGAGUACUUUGGGGAAAAAAUAACGAGUUGAAGCUUCCAAUAGAAUUUGAUGAAGAAAUUGGUGAUAUUGAAAAAGAAAAACAGAAAAAGGACAUGGAAAUGCAGUUGCAGCAUUAA